UCUCUUACUCUUUUCUCUUUCACUUCUUUCUUUCUCUCAUUCUCUUCUUCACCUCUUUUCAACUGAAAACCAAAACAUACAAAACCUUGUAUUACAUACCUCUUUAUCCAAAGUGGGUGUUAAUUAAUUAAGUAAUUAACACAACAUCCACCAUGGAUAUGAAACGAAGGCUAAACAACAACAACAAUGACAAUAACGACGAUGACAUGGAACUCCGAAGAGGUCCAUGGACUGUCGACGAAGACCUUACCCUCAUCAAUUACAUUGCCAAUCACGGCGAAGGUCGCUGGAAUUCUCUUGCCCGCUCUGCCGGACUGAAACGAACCGGGAAGAGCUGCAGAUUGAGAUGGUUGAAUUAUUUGCGCCCAGAUGUUAGACGUGGUAACAUCACUCUUGAAGAACAGCUUCUUAUUCUUGAGCUCCAUGCUAGUUGGGGAAACAGAUGGUCCAAAAUUGCUCAAUACCUACCUGGAAGAACUGACAACGAGAUCAAGAACUAUUGGAGAACUCGUGUUCAAAAGCAUGCGAAACAACUCAAAUGUGAUGUAAAUAGCAAGCAAUUCAAAGACACCAUGCGCUUCCUUUGGAUGCCAAGACUAGUGGAACGGAUACAGGCGGCCGCAGCAACGGUUACAACUGCUGCAACCGCCACGUCCGAUUCUCCGACUUUAUCAGCUACUAAAUCAGUCACUAUUAUCAACAACAAUAAUACUACUACAGCAUACAACUUCGACAACCUUAACAACUUGGAGGUUCAUAGUGGAAACAUUAUGAAUAUGAGCAACAACAACUUUGGUUAUGCUACUCCAGAGAAUAGUAGCACAGGAACAUCAUCAGAUUCGUUUGUCACACAAGAUUAUUGCAACAAUAAUAAUAAUAAUGUUCAUGUUGGUAACAACAACAACAACAAUGAACCUAGUUCGGAUUAUUACCAUCAACAAGGAAAUAACAACAACCAAGUUAGCUUCAUGGAUUGCAUCACUAGUCCAUCCUCCAUGUCAUUGUUCCCUCAUCAAGAGAUGGAUUUCCAAGCCAUGGAAUUACCAAACACCCCUUGGAUUAAUAAUCCCUCUACAUUCAGCAAUUUCUGGAAUGAUGAAAACAUGUUGCUUCUACAAAAUCUAGGAUGUGGUGGUGACAACAUGUGAAUUAUUGUGAUGAGGGAGAAACGGUUAUAGUGUGUGAAAUUAUUUACUAAUUAAAAAAGUGAAGGAAAAUCAGAGAACAUGACGACAAAAUUAUUAUUAAAUAGAAAUAAAUUUUUAUAUGUAGGAUAACACACAUAGGAACCGAUUUAAAAUGUGAAUUAUUAUUUCUCAGUUUGUAGUUUUUGGUUAUUUAAUUUUCCUUUUUUUUUAGAGGGGGUGGGUGGGAAAUAGAUGUAAUUUAAGGUUUCUUUAUAAAUAUAAGAUUUCAUUCUUUCAAA